CCAGCUGCGGGCUGGCAGCUCGGAGGUGGACUGGUGCGAGGACAACUACACCAUCGUGCCUGCCAUCGCCGAGUUCUACAACACGUUUCCAGUCUCAGUCGCUGCCCCAAUGACAACUUCUCCAGGCCUGUGGGGACUAUCUCCAGUGAUUAAGCGUGGGGAAUGAGAGGGAAGUUUGGGAGUGAAGAUGUGUGCGUGUCUUGUGGGCUUGCCUAGGUCCCUAGUACUGAUCAGCAACGUCUUAUUUUUCGUCUUACCGCCCAUCUGCAUGUGCUUGUUUCGUCAGUAUGCGACAUGCUUCAACAGCGGUAUCUACUUGAUAUGGACUCUCUUAGUUGUGGUGGGAAUUGGAUCCGUCUACUUCCAUGCAACCCUAAGUUUCUUGGGUCAGAUGCUUGAUGAACUUGCCAUCCUUUGGGUUCUGAUGUGUGCUCUGGCCAUGUGGUUCCCCAGAAGGUAUCUACCAAAGAUCUUUCGGAAUGACAGGGGCAGAUUCAAGGCAGUGGUCUGUGUCCUGUCUGCGGUUACAACAUGCCUGGCGUUCGUCAAGCCUGCCAUCAACAACAUCUCUCUGAUGACCCUGGGGGUUCCUUGCACUGUGCUGCUGGUUGCGGAGCUCAGGAGGUGUGACAACGUGCGUGUAUUUAAGCUGGGCCUCUUCUCCGGCCUCUGGUGGACCCUCGCGCUCUUCUGCUGGGUCAGUGACCGAGCCUUCUGUGAGCUGCUGUCGUCUUUCCACUUCCCCUACCUGCACUGCGUGUGGCACAUCCUCAUCUGCCUCGCUGCCUACCUGGGCUGUGUAUGCUUUGCCUACUUUGACGCAGCCUCUGAGAUCCCUGAGCAGGGCCCCGUCAUCAAGUUCUGGCCCAGCGAGAAAUGGGCCUUCAUCGGCGUGCCUUACGUGUCCCUCCUGUGUGCCAGCAAGAAAUCACCAGUCAAGAUCACGUGAUGGCCAUGGCCGUGGCUUCUCUGCUUCUUUUCCCUCAUGCACGGGCUCCAUUUGCUAGCCAAGACAGCUGGGGGUUUGCAGAGUCAGGUGUAGGGCGCAUCUUUUAAAAGUUCUGGUCCCUUGGGCUCAACUAAGCUGUCUGUGGCCGACCAGGACUCUACCAUGCACGGGGAGAGUCUUUUCCUUUCUCAGAGAUGGAAAGUGAAGGGCUGAGGGGCACCCGGUAGAUCUUCCGAGUCUCCCUUCCAGAUGGAGCCGCUUGUUGGGCUAUAUCCUUCCGGCACUGGCAGAGCAGGCCCUCGGGGAGCCUGUUUCCCAGCGGGAGAUUACUCCAGACUCGACCAUUCCUGUGUGCUCUCGGAGUGGACUCUCCAGCUGACCAACAGACCCUGCAACAGACUCAGGCCUCUGACUAACUGAUAGAAGAUCCAGGGAUUUUCCUUUGAGAAAACUGUCCUAAAACUAGACCAAGCCCAUGAAAUCCACACAGGAGCCAGUGGCUAAGGAGAAAUCCAUUUAGAGCCCUCCAUAGUCAGGUUUUACAUGCGCUUGUCAAUCUUUUCUCUACUACCUCUGCUGAGAGAUGGGGAUUGGACUUCAGAGGAGGGUGAAGCGGAUGAGAAAAGCCCUCUGUGUCAAAAGCCACACUCCGCUUGAAGCCAUCCUUGAAGAUGAGCCCAAGUUUCAAAUAUGGACAUUGUCAGCCUCCUCCCCAAACCAGCGGACAUACACACACACGCUGGCUAUGGGGUAAGCAGGCUGCACACAGACCACUGGUCCUUUGUGCUGAGCUAAGGUCAGGCCCCGUGACAGUCACAGUGGGAGUCCUGCCUGGUUCAACACCUGGAGCCGACACGGAGUUCUGGAAACUUGUGCCGAUUGGAAGCCCCCUGGAUGCUCUUCCAUUCGGGAAGCUAUCCUCAGAAGUGUCUCCUCUUCUUUCUCCAAGAUCUCCUGCGGGAACUGUACUCCAUCCUCUCCCAGUACAAGGUGCUUCCUGUGGUUUCUCCGGACAUGUGGCUGCUGCUUCUCUCCUGGUCCUUCGGGGCGCCGGUGCGGCCGGCAGUGCUGACCUCCUCGGGUUUUCCUCACCCGGAGGGACACUAGCUGAGCUGAAUGAAGACUCCAGAAACGGUCAUCGAGGUGUGAGGGGGCACCCCUGACCUCAGGGAUACUCACUUUAACUCCCACAUUUCCUGCUUUGCAACAUUCCAUCGUGAAAGAGGGCAGGACAGACAUGUUCUCGUGUGGACAGAAGGAUCUCGUGUGGACAGAAGGAUCUAAUAAGAGUUAGGACCAGCCUGUGGCAGGUCUGCGAACUUUGGCUCCAAUUAGAAUUUGCACAGGAUCUAAGGUGAAAACUCCAAUAAGGAACUGAAUUGAGAGACUAAAAAUGAAGGACUUUGUUCUGCUUCUGUGGUUUAAGUUACUUUUAGCAGCAGUACCCUAUUUGCCAUAAAACUCACCAUGGAACCCAAAUAUGGAAUAGAGGUUGUAUUCUAGUAGUUUCAGUUUAAGGCUAAACUCCAUUUCCCUAGUACCAUGCAUUGAAAAAUGCAACUUAAAUUGGUGGUUUUCAUGGUAAAAAAAAAUUUGUCUUGAAUGAGUGUACCUGUUUAUUAUUGCUUAAAAAUAUACUUUAAAAAUGGUUUUUAA